GUGGACCUGAAAGGCAUGUGAAACAAAGCAUGAUAGGAAAUAGGUUCUCGAGCGAGAACAGGCAGAAGCCUCUCUGGGAAGUACGGGUCAUAAAUCUGGCACCGAGAAGAAAAAGGUUUCGGCCAGGAACAGAUCCUGGAGACUUCUGAGAAAUGGAGUCCAGUGGGGCAAGGAGGCAUGUGCGCAUGACCGGAAGUGACGCUAUUCAGCUGCGUCCCCGUUGGCGCGAGAGCAGGGGUCGGCGUUAGGCACCCGCGUCUGAUCUCGCACUGGUGCGAGGGAGCUCUGUCAGGUAUCCGGCUGCGGUUUCCUCGCGCGGUGUUCUGCUCGAGCCCGAGUCGGUGGUUGCGCCACGGGCUCCUGAGCCGAGGCCUGGCGAGAAAGUGAGAGACGCGGCUGGACAGGCCCGACCGGAGCGCCCAGGGCCCAGGACCGCGGGCUCAGACCCGGCCUCUGAGGGGAGAGGCCGGAGAGGAGAGUCCAGCCCGGGAGCAGUCAGAGCAGGCCUGCAGAGUGGGGCUGGGGCUGCAGAGAGGCGCCGCUGACGCUUAGGAAACUGCUAGGAGGCCGUGGCGCCAGGUGGGACCCAGAUGCUGGAGGAAGGAGGUGAGAAGGAGUGGUGGAGGGAGAGGUUGGCAGGAGAUCCGGCCGCUUGUUCCAGCUUGCCCCCUGACACCGCUGUGCGACCCAGACCAGAGCCCUGCAGUUGUCCUUUCCAGAAGUGGUUGGGGGCGAUCAUUUUUUGAAUGAAGAAUUCUGGGGUCAAAAAAGUGUGAGGAUCUCAGGCCUGGAUAAUCUCUGAGUAUCCUACCCCUUACCGCGAUCUGCUUGAUGGACCGAUGGCGUUAGAGAGUGGAGAGAAAUGGGUCCUGGGAAGGAAAAUGGGACGUACCCAAGGUCUCCUCGGUGGCUUCUGAUCUUCCAGCCCUUCUUGAAGCAGCCAAGGAUGCUCGGAACAGGAGCCUAUUGGCUCCACCUGAGGUUGAGGGCAGGUUUGACCCAGUUGGAUGGUGAAGUCGUGGAGGAUACUGGGGAUUUGGAAUCAGAAGACUAGGGUUCCUGUUUAAGCUGGCGAGUACCGGCCAGGUUUUUUAAGUUGUGUUUCUUAAUAGAGGAAAGGGUAAAAAACAUUAAUUACCUCAUUUACCUCUAAGAACUGUAAACAUCAAAUAAACGUUUUUGAAAGCACCUUGAACGCCUUGCAGAACAGAACAAAUGUGUAUGUAAUCUUAACCACCGAGGCCUGUGCCAUCCUGCCCUAGAUCAAGGGGUCCAUGUAUUGGUCUGUAAGUCUUCAAGUGCAAUUUCACAUCCAGCGUUUCAUGCUGUCUUCCCCAGAGACCUGGGAACAAACAGAAUGGUUAUCAUCCUCCCCAUGCUACCAAAGAGGAAAAUAAGACACCGUGGAAUUAGAGCCACCUUCUCUGGACCCUGCCCUUCCCCAAGAGGAAAGCACAGGAGAGGAAGGAAUGGUGGCUGGUCUCCUCACAGCUGGGCCCCACGGAUUCACGCCCUUCAGCAGUGUGACUGAAGCUGUUACCCAGGAGGGGUGGGGGCACUCGGUCCCUGCUCCGAGGGACAGGUUCAAGGAGGGGAUACCAGAAAAGUCCAGAAACCUGGUCCUACUGGGACUUCCAGUUUCCCAGCCUGGCAUGAACUCUCAGUUGGAACAGAGGGAAGGCUCAUGGGUGCUGGAGGGAGAAAGCCUAAGGAGUACCCGUCCAGACCGGAAGAUUGUCUCUGAAUCCCCACCCGAGCAGGACAUUUCUGGAGAAUCAUUCCAAGACACAAGUGUAGAGAUGCCCCCUGGGGAGUCAGGUCACAAGAACAGUGAGGUGGGGAAGAGCUUCAAUCUGAGACCAGUCCUUUCUCCACAACAGAGAGUUCCUGCAGAAGUGAGGCCCCGGAAAUGGGAGAAACAUACAAAGAGCUUCAGGAAGGAGACAGAGAUGAAGAAACCUCACAGAGCAAAGCCGUACACAUGUAACGACUGUGGCAAAGCCUUCAGUUACUGUUCUUCCCUUUCUCAGCAUCAGAAGAGCCAUACUGGGGAGAAGCCAUACGAGUGCCACGAAUGUGGGAAGGCCUUCAGCCAGAGCUCGUCUCUCAUUCAGCACCAGAGGAUUCACACUGGAGAGAAGCCUUAUAGAUGCAGCGAGUGUGGGAGAGCCUUCAGCCAGAAUGCAAACCUCACAAAACACCAGCGAACUCAUACUGGAGAAAAGCCCUACAAAUGCAGUGAGUGUGAGAAAGCUUUUGGCGACUGCUCAGCCCUUGUUCAGCAUCAGAGAAUUCACACCGGAGAGAAGCCCUAUGAGUGCAGUGACUGUGGGAAGGCCUUCCGUCACAGCGCAAAUCUUACAAACCACCAGAGGACUCACACGGGGGAGAAGCCCUACAAGUGCAGUGAGUGUGGGAAGGCCUUCAGUUACUGUGCAGCAUUUAUUCAGCAUCAGAGAAUCCACACAGGGGAGAAACCCUACAAGUGUAACGCCUGUGGGAAGGCCUUCAGCCAGAGCGCAAACCUCACGAACCACCAGAGGACUCACACUGGAGAGAAACCCUACAAGUGUGGCGAGUGUGGGAAGGCCUUCAGCCAAAGUACAAAUCUUAUAAUCCACCAAAAGACCCACACUGGGGAGAAGCCGUAUCAAUGUAAUGAAUGUGGGAAAUUCUUCAGUGAGAGCUCAGCCCUUAUUCGCCAUCACAUUAUUCACACUGGAGAAAAACCCUACGAGUGCAGUGAGUGUGGAAAGGCAUUUAACCAGAGUUCAUCCCUCAGUCAGCAUCAGAGAACUCACACUGCUGUGAAACCCUACGGAUGUAGCGAGUGUGGGAAGGCCUUCAGGUGUAGUUCAGCCUUCAUUAGACAUCAGAGACUCCAUGCUAGAGAGUAACUGGGAACAUGACCAAGGGAUGGGGACCUGACAGGUAAACGCAGGGAGCCUGAAAGAAGCUGGAGACAUCUGACUUGGAUAGUCUCCUGCCCAGAGCUGCAUGCAGCAGCAUCUCUAUUAAAUCACUUUUUUACAUGUUGGAUGUGGAACGUCUGGGGAGCUGUAUUCCUUCUUAACAUCUUCAGUAAGCAUAAACAGCCCAGGUCACAUCACCCUGUCUUAGAGAUUCACCAUAUUCAGUGGGCCAAAGUGCUCUUUGUGUAGCAAGCACUCCAGAAACCUUCGUUUAUAGGAAAUAAGUGAUCAAAUCAAAUGGGUGGAGGACUUGGUUCCUCCUUCAAAGCCAGGUAGUUUGGCAACAGCUGUCAUCUCCCCUUGAACAAGGACUGUUUGCCAAAGGAGAACCAGGAACAUUGGCCAGGAAUGAACAUUUCUCCAUAAUGGGGUCUCUAAGGUGUCUGAUUUGGGGGAGUAAAUUCCUCAAGUGAAAAGGAUUCUAGGGCCAACUAUUAAAUGCUAGUCUCCUUGGGGGCAGGGAGGGAUAUUCACUUCCUAAGGCUGAAGCUAUGUAAAUAGACCCAGAAGACACUGCCAGGCCCCAGCUCCACUUUGUGAGCUGUUUUAGGUGGUGGUUCUGUAAAGACUACAGACCCAAAGCGAGGGACCACCCAGAGGCCGAGGGUGCAGGAGGAAGCUAAUGAAAUCCCUCAGCAAGGCGCUAAAUGGAGACCCUAACAGGGAGGAAGACCCACGAGAUUGGGGCAAUCUGAUGACAUCCAUGUUUUCCCUGGCUCAGACACGGGUGGGUAGGUCAUUCUUCACUCCUCUUCCUCCUGAUGAAGGCCAGAUCCAGCUUUUUAACCCUGUUGACCUGGGUCCUACCUUGCCACAUAUACCAUCCUCACUCCCAACUAGUGUGAUCUCAUCUCAGCACUUCUAACCAACUCCUGUGCUUCCCUGGUUUGGGUAAGGUAAACAUUUCAUUUCUCAGAGAAGACUCCCCGUUCCUCGUCUUCUGCUCUAAGGGAAGCUGGUUGUGCCCUUAACCAUCACCUGAGGCUUGUAGCUCUGACUCCUUGGUGACUUAGCAUGUGUCAGAAUGCUGCUGCUGCACAUACACACACACACCUGCAAGCCCCCAAGUUUCCACUCAAGCCAGUGCUCCAACCCUGCUCGCACCUGGGUGAUGAAAACCCACCUACUUAAAGGGACUAUUGACAAAAUUCAUGGGAGCAAAUUAGUGACCAAUGGCAAGGAAGCCAGUUCUUGGGUUCAUCAUUCCCAACUCGGGUGUGGCUUGUCCCAGCCCCCAGAAGUCUUGCAGUUCAUCCCUUCCUUCACUGCAUAUUGUCUAAUAACAAAGGGGGAAAUAAGCUCUAAAAAGUGAGUCCAAAGGAACAGCACUAAGGGAGGAUGAGGAAGAGACUUGGGGGAGGUGAAAAGAGAACAGAAAAGAGCCUGUUGCCAGUGUAAAGCAAACAGGUUCAUAGGGCUCAGAAACUCAGUUCACCACAGAAGUCAACUUGACAUUCCGAAUUUCACAUUAACUCGGAUCAGUCAGGGACUCACAAUAAUGGUUGAGUUCUUUUGCUCCCAUCAGUGGUUCUGAAUCCCCAGAUGUGGGGAAUGAAGCCUUGCAGGCCAUGGGCCCCCAACCCUCCAAAUGAUUUAACUGGUCUGGGAGGAGGAGCUUCCGCCCUGUGU